GCUUUUCUACGCGGGUGCGUUUGAUUUGGCUUCAUGUCAUUUGGGUGCGCUUGAUUUUUCAUGACAGGUUGACGCUGCUGACGCCGCUCUUCCGCCAUCUUCAACUUGCUAUUGUUUGCAUCAGACGGAGGCUGAAUGUGCUGUAUGAGCGAGCGCAGUCAACCACAGGCAUUGUCGGAUAGCUUUGGCGCUCCACACUUUCCCGUUCCGUCGCUGAGGUCAGCGCAAACGAUUUGUAUGUCACUGACUUAAGGGCCUCUCAGGACGCGACCACUAAACCUUGAUGAUGGACGACGACCAACCUAAAACAUUGUAUGUGGGGAAUUUGUCCAGGGAUGUAACAGAGCCCCUGAUUCUGCAGGUCUUCGCACAGAUAGGACCCUGCAAAAGCUGUAAAAUGAUUUUUGAUACAGCUGGCAAUGAUCCAUACUGCUUUGUGGAGUUCUUUGACCACAGGCAUGCUGCUGCCUCAUUGGCAGCCAUGAAUGGAAGGAAAAUAAUGGGUAAGGAAGUCAAAGUCAACUGGGCCACUACGCCAACAAGCCAGAAAAAAGACACCAGUAAUCACUUUCAUGUUUUCGUUGGAGACCUCAGCCCAGAAAUAACUACAGAAGACGUUAAAGCUGCCUUUGGUCCUUUUGGCAGAAUAUCAGAUGCACGUGUUGUGAAAGAUAUGACUACAGGGAAAUCUAAAGGCUAUGGCUUUGUGUCUUUCUUCAACAAAUGGGAAGCGGAGAACGCCAUUCAGCAGAUGGGGGGCCAGUGGUUAGGAGGCAGGCAAAUCCGAACUAACUGGGCCACAAGAAAGCCCCCUGGGCCAAAGACCAGCUAUGAAACAGGUAACUCCAAGCACCUGUCCUUUGAUGAAGUAGUAAACCAGUCCAGCCCCAGUAAUUGCACUGUCUACUGUGGUGGCGUCAGCACAGGACUGACAGAACAACUAAUGAGACAGACCUUUUCUCCUUUUGGGCAAAUUAUGGAAAUCAGAGUUUUCCCAGAUAAAGGCUAUUCGUUUGUAAGGUUCAGCUCCCAUGAGUCAGCAGCCCAUGCCAUUGUGUCUGUGAAUGGGACUGCAUUAGAGGGCCACAUAGUCAAGUGCUACUGGGGUAAAGAGAACCCAGACAUGAUGAACCCGGUGCAGCAAAUCCCUGUGCCUCAGCAAAACAAGAUGAGCUUCCCUGCUGCUCAGCCCUAUAACCAGUGGGGCCAGUGGUAUGGCAAUGGGCCUCAGAUCAACCAGUAUGUCCCGAAUGGGUGGCAGGUUCCCACCUACAGUGUCUAUGGUCAGGCCUGGAACCAGCAGGGCUUCAAGUAAGUAGCACACCAUGCACAGGGCCAUCCAUCACCACCUCCUUCUACUCCAGCAUCACCAGGAUUGCGGCAUCACAAGCCAACUCUGGCUACAGGAGAGGAGCUGUGACACUUUUCUCUAUUUCUCUCUCAACCCCACAUCCACCUACUUUCCGAUCAGCCCAUCUCGACAAGUUGGAUAAACUUUGAUUUUUGUCUUUACUGUUUGUCAUCCCAGACCAUUUCACUUGAUAAUCAAGGAUUUAUUCCAAUGUUGCAAUUCAGUUUUUUCCAUUUAAAUUGUAAGUUCAGUUUUCAGAGUUUCUAAACAAUAAAAUAAGUGCUUUUAAACAAAUCAAAUGCUAAAUAUGAGUUUCAUUCACUGUCCAUACCUAAAUGCUGCUUAAUAAUUGUAUUUAAGGAUUGCGGUCUUUAAGACUUGCAUACAGUGCUGAAAACCAGGGGAACACCUAAUCAUACAUCAGAUUUUACUGAACUGAAUAGCCAAGUUAUGAAUAUCCACAGAUAUUGAAAGGCAGUUCAUCAAGAUAAAAUAACAUGACCAGUCAAUUGAAGCCAAAAACAUUGCUUUCAAGUCACACCCAAGGAUGAAACUAUUAAUGUAUGCUAUUUGGCAGCAGCAGAAUCGCAACUAAGGCUACAUUUACACUGCAGGGCAUGAUGCCCAAUUUGGAUUUUUUUGUUAAAUCCAAUCUUUUUAUGCAGUCGUUACAAAAACAAAUGUGGCUUCUACUGUGGAUGGAACAUGUCCGUGACUUCACAUGCAUGCGCACUACUGCGAGGCGGCAUGUUUACGGAAGUAAAUGCGUCCCCUUGCGUAAGUCUCGUCAUGGUGUAUUGAAUUGUACUGUUCACAUUGACAUGAACUAGUCCGAUACAUGUCACUUUGGGCAAUAAAAUUGGAAUUGCCCUGCAGUAUGAACAUAGCCAGUAGGUUCAUAGUUGGGUUCGGGUUUAAGGGUCAAGGAUGCUCAAGCAACCCGUUACACAGAUGGCAUCACAAGAACUAAAGCAACCACAUCAGGAGGUUUACAGAGAACCACUACAUCAUUGUAAGAUCUGACUGACGAUGGCUCUUUGGAAGCCCUAACCGCUUCUAACCAAUCUAAUUGAGAUGCAGAAACUACCAGAGAUGCUCGUAGCAUUCAAAACUAUGAAAUUAUCAGACAGGAUUGCUCAGAAAUGUUAUAUACAGUCCCCUCCAAAGGUUUUGGAACGACAAGGUCAAUUCCUUUGUUUUUGUUGUACACUGAAGACAUUUGGGUUUCAGUUUAAAAGAUGAAUGAGAUAAAAGUUCAGAAUUCCAGAUUUUAUUUAUUGGUCUUUACACUUGAUGUGUUAAACAACUCAGGACAGAGCAACUUUUGGUUGAAGCCACCCACUUUUCAAGUGACUGGAACAUGUGACUGGGUGUGUCUAGUUUCUCAGGUGUUGCCUUUUAGAAUCAAUCUUAUACAGUUCUUGUUUUUGGUUUUCAUCUGUGAAAAUGCAUCUGCUGUUAAACAAACAUGAAGACCAGAGAGCUAUGGGAGAAAAGCAAACCAUUUUCAAGCUUAAAGAAGAGGGGAAAAGUGAUCGGAGCUAUUGCACAAACAUUGGGCAUAGCCAAUACAGCAAUUUGGAAUGUCCUGAAAAAGAAAAACUACUGGUGUACUGAGCAACAGACAUCAAACAGGUCGGCCAAGGGUAUCAACAGCAGUUGAUGACAGAAACUUUGAGAGAACUGUGAAGAAACACUCAAAGGCAACAGUCAGUGAUAUCGCUGCCAACCUCCACAGGGCAGGGGUGGAGGUUUCACAAUCCACUGUUCAAAGAAGACUUUGAGGGAAGAAAUAGACAGGCCAUACAACAAGAUGCAAACCACUCAUCAGCAAAAAAAAACUGAAGGCAAGACUGGAUUUUGCAAAGUACAGAGAUGAGCCACAAAUGUUUUGGGACAAAGUUAUAUGGACUGAUGAGACCAAGAUUAACCUCUACCAAAGUGACGGAAAGGCCAAAUGAUGGCGAAAGCAAGGAUCUGCUUAAGAUCCAAAACACACAAGCUCAUCUGUGAAGCAUGGUGGAGGUAAUCUCAUGGCUUGGGCUUACAUGGCUGCUUCUGGAACGGGCUCACUAGUCUUUAUUGAUGAUGUAACUCAUUAUGGUAGCAGCAGAAUUAAUUUUGAAGUCUACAAAAUCAUUUUGUCUGGCAAUCUACAGAAAAAUGCAUCCAAACUAAUCUGGAGAAGCUUUAUCGUCCAACAAGACUGAACCAAAACACACUGCAUACACAAAAAAGUACUUCAUCAGGGGUCUUUGACUAGCCAAGUCAAUCACUGGACCUUAACCAAAUAGGGCAUGCAUUUUACCUCCUGAAGAGGAGACUGAAGGGAGAAACCACCAGAAACAAAUAAGAACUUAAAGAGAAUGCAGUAAAGACCUGUAAAAGCAUCUCAAAUGAUGAAUGCAACGGUCUGGUGAAGUCAAUGGGUCGCAGGCUUGAUGGAGUAAUUGCAUGUAAGGGUUAUGCCACCAACUAUUAAGUUAUUCACCAAGUUAAUUUAAUAAUGUUUUUUUCCAAUACUAAAGCAAAGAAAAGUGGGUGUCUUCAAACAAAAGGAGGUCUGUCCUCAGUUAACACAUCUAGAUGUAAAUACCAUGAAAUAAAAGCUCGAAUUCUGAACUUUUGUGUCAUAUUCAUCUUUUGAUCUGAAAACCAAAUGUCUUCAGUAUACAACAACAAAAAAAGGAAUUGACCUUACAGCUUCAAUACUUUUGGAGGGGACUGUAGUUGUCACCAUGGCCUGUCUUGCUGUCAACUCUCCUGUCUGCAAUUUGUAAUUUUAAGUUGUGACAAAGCGCAAGUACUGUACGGAUCAAUAUCCUUGGUUUUUAACUGUGAUUAAGUGUUCACAUUUUAAUAUUUGAAAUGUGGUGUUUUUGUCAAUCACUUAUCCUUGUGUCCCCUGCCCCUUUUUGUUUCCCUUCAUUUUUUUCCCAUCUAUAAGUAAGGCACAUUUGAGACUGGAUAUGAAUGUCAGAUGCAUGUUUGUAGGUUCUAUUCAGAUUACAGUCAAUGUUCAGUGAUUUGUGUACCCCUUCCACAUCCCUCCACCUCCCAAAUAAACAGCCAUUUAUUGUACAACAUA